AGUAGUAACCGUCAUUCGUUUUGGAAGAAACGUAGCGUCCUGAUCAUGCCUGAAACCACCGUCAAAGCGCCCAAGAAGGGCUCAAAGAAAGCCGUGUCUAAGAGCGUCAGUAAGACCGGCAAGAAAAAGAGGAGGACCAGGAGGGAGAGCUACGCCAUCUACGUGUACAAGGUGCUGAAGCAGGUCCACCCCGACACCGGCAUCUCGUCCAAGGCUAUGGGCAUCAUGAACUCGUUUGUGAGCGACAUCUUUGAGCGCAUCGCCGGUGAGGCCUCCCGUCUGGCUCACUACAACAAGCGCUCCACCAUCACUUCCAGGGAGAUCCAGACCGCCGUCCGACUGCUGAUGCCCGGAGAACUGGCCAAGCACGCAGUGUCUGAGGGCACCAAGGCCGUCACCAAGUACACCAGCUCCAAGUAAACAGUCUUGUUGACUCUGAGACUAAACCAACGGCUCUUUUAAGAGCCACCUACUUUAUCUGAAGAUCAGUUCCCUUUGUAUUUAGUGUUGCUACGUUAAUGAUAUAUUUACUAUGUAUGGCCAACUGUACACACAUGCUAAAUGUGAAUUUUAAUCUAACACUAUCUUUUCUGUAAUCCAGAUAAAUUUACUCUUUCUGAAGAAUCAGAAGUAAACUACAGUAAGCAGCUCAUGUUCUUCAUAUGUAACU